AUGUUGCCCCAGGCAUCCUCCCCAGUGUAUAGGGCCAUUCAGUUCGCGAUAGUCGUGUGUGGGGCGUACUUCGUCUUUGCCCUGCUCUUCAGCCCUUCGGAACCGCAGAAAUGGCCACGGCCCUCGCUUCAUCUUUCUAAAGACGGCUUCAGGGAUCCCAAGUUGGAACAUAUCCAGAAUGACACCCUUGGAUUCGAGCACAUCUACGCAAUCGGCCUCAAAGAGCGAACUGAUAAACGUGACUUUUUAAACCUCGCGGCCUCGGUGACAGGGAUCAAGGUCCAGUGGGUUGAUGGCGUCCAUAUUGACGAGCUGGAGCAGAAAGCUUUACCGGUGGGGUACAAUCUUUCUACGAUGGUGCCAUCGAUAAUCGCAUGCUGGAGGGCCCAUAUGAACGCACUUAAUCGAGUCCUCGAAAAUAGCUAUAGCACCGCGCUUAUAAUGGAAGACGACGCAGAUUGGGACCUGAAUAUCAAAUCUCAGUUGACCGAAUUUGCCCGCGGGCUCCAUGCAUUAAAGGCCAAUGCCUCAACUGAUAAUGCACCCUAUGGAACGGCCUGGGACGUGCUGUGGAUUGGGGGUUGCUCAUCCACGGCUGGUGUCAACGAAACGGAGUUCUACGUCAUUCCGAAUGAUCCCACUGUCCCCAGCUUUUCACGGCGGCAUACGUGGUCUGGGCCCAAAGAUCGAUGGGUCGAAAUGUACCCUGAAGAGUCAACAAGAUUUGUCUACAAGGCGGAGAGGGGCUGCUGUACCUUUGGCUAUGCUGUCACCCAAAGAGGGGCCCGGAAGAUCCUCGCGGCCUUAUCUCUCGACCAUGUGGAUGUGCCGGUCGACAUAGCAAUGGCGGAGUUAUGUGGUGGUGAGAAUGGACGAGAUCGACUUGAGUGCUACGCGCCAUAUCCCAAUAUUGUCGGUACAUUCCGACAAGGCGGCCCAGCUUACAGGAAUUCCGAUAUUGUAUCGAAUGAUGACCAGAGCCUUCAGGUGGCACAUUCUGAGAACAUGGUCUACAGCUCGCGAUUGAAUAUUCACAGGGUCUUGGCUGGCAAGCCCGCACUCUCCCAAUGGGAAGAGGAAGCGCCAUGGUCACCGAAGGAAUUGCCAGAGAAUCUGGAAGAAUUCCCCUAUCCUCGAGGUUAUUUGGUGAACGAGCUUGACGGGGAAUAG